CCUAAGCAGCAGUAAGUUAGACGUCCACAGAGGGAAUAAACACUAUUUUCUUUCACCAUGAGCUCUGUCUCAGUGACUGCGCUUGGGUUGUGGUUUGUUACCGUUGCGGAAGUAGGAUGACAUGUUGUUGGGACUCUGAGUCAGUCACAUGGUGUUUGGAUGGUCAGUCGUUAAAGCCACAUCAGGGUGUUCAACACAGAGUGGAAACCAGGAGUCUGCUGUCAGUGUGUGACCACAGCUUCACCGCGACCUGCUGACUCAGGGGGACCCCCGUUUCAGGAUGCCUCACAAGAGCAGAAAAGAAAAGGUACCGUGGAUUUUUUUGUUUAAAGGAAACACAGUUUGAGGUUUGCUCAGUUUAAGUUGAAUUUAAUUUGUUUUUUUUGGCGUCCAUUUUUAGGAAUCCUCUAAAUCAGGAAGGUCUAAAAAGUCUGGGAGCAAAAACGGGCCUGCAGAGGACCAAGAUGUGAGUGCUAUUUCUUUGACUUUUCUCUGAGAAGUUUUCACUAAGUACUUUAAAAUGCUAAAAAAAUUAUCCUGCUCUGCAAAGACAUUGUUAGCAUGUAUUAGAUAACCCAAACUAGUACAACACUGUUGCACAUUUUAUAAAUCAAAAUCUCUUUGGUCAUUUAUUAAUUUAUUUAUUUAAGGCUUUGAAUGCAAGAGGUUUUCUCUGCUAGAAACUUUUAUCAACCUCUUGCUUAAAAGGUUAUUCUUCUACUAAACCACACUGUAUUGUUAUCUCAUGAAAGAUGUCACAUGCACAUACACAAGUAUUGUUGACAGAUUAGCUUUUGGUCUUUUGAAAAUAUUUAUUUAUUUAUUUACGGCUUUGGGUGCAGAGGUUUUCUGUGCCAGAAACUUUUAUCAACCUCUCGCUGAAAGUUAUUCUUCUAAUAAACCGCACUGUGUUGUUAUCUCAUGAAAGAUGUCACAUGCACAUAUACUAGUAUUGUUGAUAAAUUUGCUUUUAUUAUCUCUUUGAUUCACAUCUGAAAUUUGCUUCUUGUAUGCCUCUAGGGACUUUCUGUUUAUAGGCUCCUUCAAAACUUAAUACCAACUCUUUUUUUUCCCCCCUGAUGUAAAGAAGUCAGAGUAACUCAUGUGUCAUCACGUCAUGAGCUUAUGACUGUCUCUGGACAUGUAUUCAACCCCCAGCUCUCCCAUCAUGCCUUGUUUGGCCUCUGAGUAUCAGAAGAUCCAUUGUAGCCGGUCUAUUUUUAUCCUCAUUAUUUCUGACGUACAUCAGUGAUGGGGUGUAUCGCAUGCUGAGAUUGGAAGAGACCUGAUUGAUUGACUGCUGGACCCGCUGUUUGUUCUUAUUGACAGUUUUAUCAGCUCCAUCUGUGCUCAAUUAUUCUGUGCAGCCAAGUCCAUCCCAAACUCUGUCAGCAGGCGCAGUACAGUACACCGCUGACUGUGAUCGGGUUGCUUCAGUGAGAAUCACCCGAUCUGAUUCGGAAAGGGAACUUGACCCUUAACCACAACACCUUCACCCCCUCUCCUCCCCCCUCUAUCUUCCUCUUCUCUAUUGAGAUCCCUUCAGUAGAGUGAUUCAUGCACUAUUUCCUACCUAGCCCUACCUGUCUUUCGUAACAGGAGCUCUGCCUCUGUGACUCUUGUUUCCGCAGGGCUCCAAUAAGAAAGUGCCUCCUGCGACUCACCUGAUGAGGGUGAAGCAGCCGGGGUCACACUCAGCCGUGAAGAGGGAGAAGAGGUUUAGCACUUCCUCUUUCCCCCUCAGUGCUAACAGAGAACUACACAAGCUAUCUGCGCUGUCAGGUACACUUCCCCAAGAGUCAUUUCUCCACAAGAAGCUAUUUUUGUGCUUUUUACACAUGCAACUCUUCAUCUCUUUCUAUGAAUAUAUUUUUCUUUUCUGGAAAAUACCUCAUGACCUUAAUCUAAGUUUGCAUGUUUGGCUUGUAUGGACGCAGGGAAUCAUAUUAACAAUUCAUAGCCUCGGUGGAUCCUUAUAACCGCCUUUUUAACCUUGAGGUCUUUGCCCACUACAUAAUUUAUAGCGAAGCAGACUGCCCCGUCAGCUUUAUCUGUGAUGCAAAUGAUGUGCAAUCAGCAGCAUCUCUGCAGCCGGACCUGAGAGAAACAGAUAUUACUCUUUCAGGACUCACUUAUGUCUGGCAGAUGACCAAACAUGGAUCCAAAACAAGCAUUCAUUGUAAAAUCUUACAUAAUUUAGGAGCAAUAGCAUCUAAAAAUGAUUAAAAAAUUAUAUCAGUACAAGAAAUUGAGUCUCUUAAAGGAAUCAUAACAACUGUGUCAAGCUAGCUGCUCCCUCUGCCAGAGUUUCAGUCAGCUCUCUGAUGGACUGUAUUAGCACGCACCUCAUUGAUGGAGAUUCUGUGACGAGACAGCGAUGUUGAGGUUUGAACAUUUACAUCAAUCUUUCAUGGUGUCUUUGUUUACACGCAGUAUUACAGGCAGGAUCUGCUCUAAGUGGUUUCCUGUAAACAAUACCUGGCUAUGUUUUGUUCUCAUCGCUGGGUGAGCCGGAUGACACAAUAGAGGUGCACAGGUCAGAGGAUUUGCAAGUUUGAAGGAGACAACUAGGCGUGACCGAUAAUUAAAUUAUUAAUGAUUCAUGUUGGUUUUCAUCGGAGAGCAUCAUCAUCACCGUCAUGAGUUUUGGAAAGAUGAGGUAGAGGGAGGAAGAACCUUUAGUCGACUUCAGUGACACUCUGCACUGUUUGUGGACAAAUGCAUUUGAACACAUCACAUCUGACUCUAUGAAAGAAAGAAAAAAAGGAAUUAACCGCAGUUUUUUGUCAAAUUUUAUUGGACAGUAGAUUUUUGCACCUUAGUCAGCGCAGGACUGGUGACUCAGAAAAAGUAGUUUGUUAACUUAAAAGAAUGUUUGUGAAAUUAAAAAAAGGCAAAUGUGUCUCAUUCAGCGUUCCCACUGUUGUGGUGUUGUCUCAAGUCCAUUGCGUAAUUUAUUGAUGAUUCAUUCUCACUUUUAAAUGAUUCAUUGAUUAUUCUUUGGAUCAAAAUCAGUUUUCCUUGUUGGGUUUUUGUAAUUAAGAUUUGAGAUAAUCUCUUGAGCUGAUGCAAAAAUGCUUUCCUUCUUCCCUCAUAGAACAGUUUGCACCCUGUAUCUUGAAGCUUGUGUAUGAAUUGUAUAAAACCCUGCCUCUGAAGUUUUUUUAAUAUCUUAAAAUAUAAGGACUACUAGUAUAUUACAACUGCCUGACUCAGAAUCAGGGCAUGGAUAAAAGACAAAAGAGAUGCACUUUUGUUUGUAGCUCAAGGAGCUCUCCAGUUUUAUACAGACAUUUAAUGCCACAGGCUCUUUUUGUACUCUGUCUCUCUGUGUGUUUGUGUGUAAGUGUGAGCAUGUAUGAGUGAGUCCACAAAUAUCUGCAUGAUAGCAACACACUGAAACUCAACAUCUUGAUUUUGGACGAGUGUUUCCAUGUUUUCAACCUCAGCUGAUCGGGUCUUUUUUGCUUUGGGGACAGAAGCUUGUAGCAGGUCAGCAGUGCAUGUUUGAUGAGGAAGGAUAAACAGCCUGUUGUUCCAGGUGUUUGUAAAACAUUUAGUGAUUGGUUUGUGUUACAGAUGAUGAUACUGAAUCGGACUGUGCUGCCCUCCUCUGGUCAAAGAUUAAAAUGCCAUUUCAUGAGGCUUUGUAA